AUUUCAAUUCUUACGCCAUUCCACCCCCUGCUGUGACGUCACUAAGUGGGCGUAUAUGUUAGCAACAUCAACAAAAGAGAAAAAGGAGAAAGGAGUUUACAGACACCCAGAAGGAAUACAUCAGAUAUGUGGAUCUAAUUUGCUUUAACGGUCAGAAGACGUGAGUGCCAGCUGAGACAUGGAUGCCUUCAAACUGAUGAAGGAGCUGAGGGUGAAUUAUGACCAGGAGGUCUAUUAUCUCCCUAAAGAGACUGGCCUCAGUCUCAUUGAGUCCACUAAUCAGAAGGAUGGGCGAAUCUCAGCCAAGUGCAGAGAUGCCAAAGUGGAGGACCUGUGGAGUCUGACCAGCUUCUUCGGCUACACCACGCAGACCUUCGUCCUGGCCGUAAACUUGCUGGACAGAUUCUUGGCCAUGAUGAGGAUCCAACCGAAACACUUGUCCUGCGUCAGCCUCAGCUGUCUCCACUUGGCUGCAAAAGUGACGGAGGAGGAGUGCAACCUCACGGCCACGGACGAGCUCAUCCGCAUCGGGCAGUGCAGGUUCACCGUGUCCGACCUCGGCCGCAUGGAGAAGAUCAUCGCGGAGAAGCUGGACUUCAAGUCCAAAUCUGUCACUGCCUUAACCUUUCUGCAGCUGUACCAUCAGAUUACACUGUCUCACUCCACAGAGAGGAAGAAGACGCUCAGCUUGGAGAAGCUGGAGGCUCAGCUCAAAGCCUGUCUGUGCCGGAUCUCCUUCUCCAAAGCGAAGCCCUCCGUCCUAGCAUUGUCUCUCUUGAGGCGGGAGAUCGAAGCCAUUCACUCGGAGGACAUGCUGGAAAUAGCUCGUCACAUCCAGAGACACCUGAAGAUUGCAGAUGCUGACCUCCUGCUGUGGCGCGGUCAAGUUGCCCAGUGUUUGUCGGACUACGACUCGCCAGAGUGCAGCAAACCCAAUCACAGGAAACUGCAGUGGGUCGUGUCUCGGCGGACCGCCCAGAACCUCCACAGCAGCUACCGCAGCGUACCUGAACUACCCACCAUCCCUGAGUGCUGCUGGGACGAGAGCGAGAGUGAGGACUCCUGCGAGGACAUGAUGAGUUCAGGCGAGGAGUCCCUCAGCAGCUCCCUGGGCAGCGACGCAGAAGGACCCUUCUUUCCAGAACACCUCCGCCGCCAAUACCUCAACGCCUGAUGCCUCCGCCAGCGACGUCUUUUAAUUUAUUUUCUAAUAAGCUCCUGUACUCGACGUGAACGCACAACAUGUGGCAGCUGAGGAUUGCUUUUUAUUAUUAUUUUUUGGUCAAUUUAUUUUUUUUGUUCUGAAGUUUGUAGACGUGUCGUUGGUGCAUGGUGCAAUGUCGCAUUCCAAGACAACUUGAUUAGGAUGCAAGAACAAAACAAAAAUACUUUCCAGUUGUCGUCAAGAAGGUUAAUUUGCCAAAAUGUGGCAUUUAUUGAACAGAAAGUUGUGUUGACUGUUAUUAAUCCAGCAUCAGUUUACUGAUCCACAGAAGAAGGCAGCAGCUACAGUUGCAGUUAUCUGGACAUGAGGCAAGUCUGCUUUGGUGUUGCUACGUUUGCAUCAAGAAAUGCAUGUUGUACGUCCACUUCACCGCAAGAAUGUCAGCUAAAAGCUCAAUACAACCAGUUUUAGACUGCAGUCCUGUGGGAAAAACGAAUACGUCAGGAAUUAUUUCAUACGACAAAAAAGCUUUUGAAAGCUGAGUGGUGAAAGAUGGAAAUGAGGCAACACAAUGUCCGGAUGUAACGGAAUAUUCAGCAACUGCAGCUGCUCUUUAAACUUCUGACUUUUGUUUCAUUUGCACAGUUUGGAAUUCAAGACUGAAAGCAUGACUUUGUGACUGUUGUGUGACAAAUGUUGCUGAACAUUUUUUGUUCAGUCUCUCCAGAGGCUGUUUUUGCUCAAAGCAGGGUUAAAAAAAAAAAAAAAAACCCUGUUAAAUAAUCUGGUGAGCGUGUUCUGUUUGUGCUAAUGCGUGUGUUUGUACGAGUUAAAAGUUGCCAAUUUUAAGAUGUAGCUCAAAACGUGCUUUUGACAUUGUCCAAAAAGAAUGUAAAAAAAAAAAAAAAAAGUAUAACACAAAAUGCACACAAAAAUGUAAAUGAUGUAUAAAAAAUGUUCAUAGUUUUUUGUAGAUAUUAAGUUAAUUUAUUAUUUUGUCACAUGUGCGGGAAAAAAUCUUAUAAAAAGAUUAUUUUUAAUUUGUUGUCUGUCUUUUUUUUUGGCAGU